AUGGCGACCUCCGACUCGGCCAAACGACCCUCUAUCGAAGACGUGGGCCUUCCAACCUCCAAUCCUUCAUCCACACACGAUGUCGAGCGAAAAUGGUACCGGUCCUCGCUCUUCAACGCCUUCGUCAUCGGCGGCGUCGGAUUCAUGGCCCCUGGACUCUGGAACGCGAUGAAUGACCUCGGCGCAGGAGGAGCACUGGACCCUUUUCUCGUGAACGCCGCGAACGCACUUGUAUUCGGCCUGAUGGGUUUCCUGUGUCUCUUCGGUGGACCGAUCGCGAACCGCAUCGGCCUUGCGAACACACUCCUACUGGGCGCGGUUGGAUAUCCCCUGUACUCCGCUGGCCUGUAUACCAACAACCGCUACAACAACACGUGGUUUGUCCUCGUCGGCGCAGUCGCCUGCGGCAUCAGCGCAGGCCUCUUCUGGGUCGCCGAAGGCACCGUCGCCCUCGGCUACCCCGAGCCCGGCAAGCGAGGAAAAUACAUGAACAUCUGGCUAUGGUUCCGCACCGGCGGGCCCCUCGUCGGCGGCGCCAUAGUCCUCGCGCUCAACCACGCCGCCGGCGCAAAGAAAAAAGGAAAAGUCGGCUACCAAACCUACCUCGUCUUCAUCGCACUACAAUGCAUCGCCUGCCCGCUCGCGCUCGCCCUCUCCCCCCCAGAAAAAGUCCAACGCGCCGACGGCUCAAGAGUCGUAAUCAAAGCCGAAAAGUCCCUAAAAGCAGAAUUCCACGCCCUCUGGCAAGUCUCAAAGCGAAAAGAUAUCCUGCUCCUCCUCCCCGUCUUCUACGCUGCCUACUUCAACCAAUACACCGGUAACUUCAAAACAUACUACUUCGGCGUGCGCGCCCGCGCCCUUAUCGGCCUGGUCGCGAAUUUCGGCACCCUGCUGUCUUCCCAGCUCAUGAGCACGCUGCUCGACGCUAAGCGCCUGCCCGUUAAGAGGCGCAUCACCCUCGGCUUCUACUACGUCAUCUUGCUGCACAUACUCGCGUGGACGUAUGGGUGGGUCGUGCAAGAGAAAUUCACACGCACAAGCCCGUCGAUGGACUGGGAGGACGCGGGGUUCACGGAGGGUUUCUUCGUGCUGAUUCUGUGGGACUUUGCGCGCCAGGCACUGCAGAAUUGGCUGUAUUAUCUGCUGGCUACGAAAACAGAUAAUAUCUCCGAACUCAGUCGUUUCUCCGGGAUUUUGCGCGGCCAGGAGUCGUUUGGACAGGCGGUUGCGUUUGGGCUGAAUACGAGGAAGUGGAAGGGUGGGAGGGUGCCGCUGGGGAUUAAUACUGCGCUGCUUGUCCUGGCUGUGUAUCCGACGUGGCUUGUGGUGCGCGAUCACGUCCCCAUCGAAGCGGCAGAUGUGUCGAAGGAUGCGGCGCUGGGGGAGGUGCCGCUGGAAGAGCAGAUUGUCACGCUGGAUGAGAAGGAGAAGUACGCUGGUAAGGCGGGGAUGGGGAGGGAUGCUACGAUUUAA